AUGGAUCAACGACAUCCCGAAUGCACCAAGUAUCUCAAUAAUCACCUCGGCGCCCUCACCCAACGAAUGCUACUCACGAAAUGUCAUGUUCAAACGCUUGUGCUCAAAAAUCGGCUUGAAAUCGAGCUCCCGACGUUUGGCACGAUCGACACGUUGCAUAUUCGAAUCUUGGACGACUUCGAUAAGCUGGUGACGCUGCGGGAGCUACAAAAAGCUCCGAAUCUGAAGCCCAAGCUGGAUUACGGAGAGCUCCAUCCUGAUCCCGAAAUCUUCGAGGCGAUCCGACUGGCGACCGAUCGGGUCAAGUUCGCAGCGGUCGACGAGUUGGUCGAGUAUCGAGAGCUGAGGCUACGAUCGAUGGAAAUUGACGUUGAUUGCAAGCGGCGCUACGAGACUUUGGAUUAUGUAAAGGGCCUCAUCCACGAUUGGUCUUUCGCCUUGUAUCCAGCACCCUUUGAGGUGCUGCUCAAGGUCGAAAUCGAUGAGUGGGACGAGGCUUUGAACCAGGUGUUCCUCCCCGACCUGGCCGACGUUCCGGAGCACAUCGCUUUCGGAUGGUCGGGAAAUCGUCAUUCGGAAAGAUACCACGAGUCAUUACUAUUCACACUUGUA